CAAUAACAGUUGGCGCUUACUUUGUAUCCAACCCCUUCACGGGCAAGUUGAGACCUUAGCGCGUUUUGGCGCAUGAGGCUCUCGCGUAUGUCGGUGGGUUUUUUAUGAAAGGAGCACAGCGCGCUCCACUUUUAAUCAGAUUAGGAGCCUUUAGUGUUCAAUCCUGAUUUUUUUUUCCCCCCCUUGCCCCCUCUUCCCUACAGUAGCGGCGCAGGAGUGGCCAAAGCCAAAAGCAGCGAUUCAGAUCAGAUUUCACCUAAACCAGCUGGGAGAGAAACCGAGAGAGAGCGAGGGAGAGAGAGAGGGAGAGAGAGAGAGGGUUUGUCAGUCUCCCUCCUCCCAAAUCUAGAAAAGCUUACCAAGGAAAAAGGAGGAGUGUCGGGGCUGAGAGAGACGCCGAGGAAUCCAGAGGAAUUUCUGAGGAUAUUUUCGCACCUUUUUGCCCCUCUUGAUAUUAAAAUUUAAAAGUUGGAGGGGAGGCAGCAGGGACCGUGGUCAAGGAUGGACGAGCAGCCUCGGUUGAUGCACUCCCACGGGGUAGGCAUGGCCGGACACCCCGGCCUGGCGCAGCAUAUGCAGGAUGGCACGGCGGGGACGGACGGAGAGGGAAGGAAGCAGGACAUCGGAGACAUAUUACAGCAAAUCAUGACCAUCACAGACCAAAGCUUAGACGAAGCACAAGCGAGGAAACAUGCACUCAACUGCCACAGAAUGAAACCUGCUCUCUUCAACGUCUUGUGUGAAAUAAAGGAAAAAACAGUGCUCAGUAUCCGAGGAGCCCAGGAGGAGGAGCCCCCAGACCCCCAGCUGAUGCGACUGGACAACAUGCUGCUGGCGGAGGGCGUGGCCGGGCCGGAGAAAGGAGGCGGGUCGGCCGCCGCAGCCGCCGCCGCCGCAGCCACCGGGGGCGUCGGCGCCGACAACUCAGCGGAACACUCUGACUACCGGGCCAAGCUGUCUCAGAUCCGACAAAUUUACCACACGGAGCUGGAGAAGUAUGAACAGGCGUGCAAUGAGUUCACCACCCAUGUGAUGAACCUGCUGAGGGAGCAGUCUCGAACACGACCCAUUUCGCCCAAAGAGAUCGAGCGCAUGGUCGGCAUCAUCCACCGCAAGUUCAGCUCCAUCCAGAUGCAGCUGAAACAGAGCACCUGCGAGGCCGUUAUGAUCCUGCGCUCGCGCUUUCUCGACGCCAGGCGGAAGAGGAGGAACUUCAACAAGCAGGCGACAGAGAUCCUAAACGAGUACUUUUACUCCCAUCUCAGUAACCCCUAUCCCAGCGAGGAGGCCAAAGAAGAGCUGGCCAAGAAAUGUGGCAUCACAGUGUCACAGGUAUCAAACUGGUUUGGGAACAAGAGAAUCCGAUACAAGAAAAACAUCGGCAAGUUCCAGGAAGAGGCCAACAUGUACGCAGCGAGGACUGCGGUCAAUGCAACCAGUGUGUCGGCUCACGGCAGCCAGGCCAACUCCCCGUCAACUCCCAAUUCAGCAGGUUCUGCUGGCUCUUUUAACAUGUCAAACUCCGGGGACUUGUUCAUGAGUGUUCAGUCCCUCAAUGGGGACUCGUACCAAGGGGGGCAGGUUGGGGCCAACAUACAAUCCCAGGUGGAUACCCUUCGCCAUGUUAUCAGCCAGACCGGAGGAUACAGUGACAGCCUCGCAGCCAGCCAGAUGUACAGUCCACAGGGCAUCAACGUAAGACCUACAAACGGCGGCUGGCAAGAUGCUCCGACUCCUUCGUCAGUGACAUCGCCCACAGAAGGACCCGGAAGCGUUCAUUCAGAUACUUCCAACUGAAUCCAUCCGUCUCUACACCUCAUCCACAAACAACAUGGACUGACGUUGCUAUUCACAGUAUUAAAACAAACAGGAGUUCACCGUCCCACAGUUUUGGUGAGGUGCUGUGAAAUCCUAACCAGAAAAACAACAACAAAAACAAUAAGAUUUCCUCUGCUCAUAACGCUGGACUUUUGGGAUACAAACAACAAGUUUCAAAAUAGGAACAAAAAAUAUAUAUAUCCAAACCAAUCAGUGAAGACGUUUGUACAGAUUUCACAUUAUAAUCAGAGGGCUGGGGUUGCUUAUUCACUCGUAAUGUUUUCACUCAUUAUGAUGACAUGAUAAGAUAAAGUAAAGAAAUAAAAAUCAUUGGUUUUAACUGAAAAAUCCUUCAUUCUACCUCUCAGCCACUAAAAAAAAAGUAGAAAAAAUGUCAGUGACCAUUAUUUGUUUUGUAAAAAUGAAACUUUUGUCUUUGCAAGCAAGAGGCACAUCUUCUUACUUACAUUUCGUUGUCUCUCACCUAUUCUAUGGUACGCCAUUUAGACUUAAAUAUUGCUCAGUUGUUUACAAUGUGUGCUUGAUGAUAAAAGUAUGUUCAUCUUCCCCCUCUGUCUCCGACGAGUCCAAACCGAGGAGAUUUUUACCUCUAAGGUAACCCUGUGAAGUAUGUUAUCUGUAAAACAAUAAAUAAAUACUUGUCAUCAAAUCAGACAAGCUUGACAUCCUUCAUUAAGAUGCGAGGGCCUUCAGUCGCGUCGCGCCGUGUUGGUUUUGGUUUCGGCAGCAUUGUGGUAGUUACUGAUUUACUGCGUCAAUAAGAAAAACAGGAAUUUUCUGUUGAUCUUUGCUGGACGAGGAGAAAACUUUAUUGAUAUCGCCGCAGAAGAAUUUAUGACGACACCAAAAUGCUGAUGUAACCAAAGCAACGCCAUAAACAGUCCUCAAACAUCCAUUCAGCGACAUAUUUACUGCGCCGUUUAUUUUUCUACUCAUCUGAAUCAUCGUAUUUUGUUACUUAGCUCUGGUGCUACAAUUUUUGCCCGGUUGGAGAAAAAAAAAAAUAAUAAUAAUAAUAAUAGAAAUAUCACUUUCUGCACAAAAGAAAGUUUGUCAAGGACGUCUGUAACUGAGUUUGUCUUUCUACACAUGAAGCCACAAUCCACUUAAACGGGGAAGUCAUUAUGUUAAUAGAGUUUUACGUUCUUACACAGUGGAUCUUUGCUCCUGUAUCGACAGCAGCAGGUCCGGAGAAGCUUGUAGCAUGAAGCACACGGAUCAUCUGGACGGGGCCUGAACUGCUGCUGCUCAGCUGAGGACAAUUUGAUGUGAAGACAUUCCACAUUUUCUCAAAGUGUUUAUUUGCAUAUAGAUCAAUAUAUUAUCCUGCUGGUACUGCUUUAGUAACCAUGGAGUUGACACCAAAACAAACACAGGAUCCGCGCAGCACGAUCGGGCUGACAAAGAAAGGACGAUUCUUUCAAAUAAUGUGUUUCUGAGCGGUCUAACCUUGUUUAUAGACACUUUUUAUGUUGUGUGGCCUCUUCGGUUUUGUAUUUUUUUUUUUUUUUUUUGAAUGGUAUGCUUAAUGUAGGCUUUUUUUGUUUUGUUUGUUUGUUUUCCUGUUCUUGUGAAUUAGCUCAUGAACUUUCAACAUGUGUUUAUGUGCGCCAUUGUGCUUGACUUGCUUUGUUGGAAAGGGUUUUCAGCACAUUAAAAUGAUGUGUAAUACA